AUGGCCACUCCGGAGCUGAAGACAGGCCAGCAGGCCCUGCCUGCUGUUCCGUCAGUGGGAGAAGAGCCCCGGGACCAGCGCUCGGAGCCCUCCAGGAGUCCGGGGAAGAAGAAGGGCAGCUAUGCCGGGGGCAAGCCAAGAGACCACAGUUUUGGAGCACUUCAACGGAAAGGACUUGCAUGUUCUGCAGCAGCCGUGGCGGCAGCAGCAGCGGCAGCCAAGCCUUCGGACAGCAGCGGCGGCGGCAGUGGAGGCGGCGUGGGGAGCCCAGGUGCACAGGGUGCUAAGUACCCGGAGCACAACCCCGCCAUCCUGCUAAUGGGCUCAGCCAACGGCGGGCCCGUGGUCAAAACUGACUCGCAGCAGCCCCUCGUUUGGCCCGCCUGGGUCUACUGCACGCGCUACUCGGAUCGUCCGUCCUCCGGUCCGCGCACCAGGAAGCUGAAGAAGAAGAAGAACGAGAAGGAGGACAAGCGGCCGCGGACGGCGUUCACGGCCGAGCAGCUGCAGAGACUCAAGGCGGAGUUCCAGGCGAACCGCUACAUCACCGAGCAGCGGCGGCAGACCCUGGCCCAGGAGCUCAGCCUCAACGAGUCUCAGAUCAAGAUCUGGUUCCAGAACAAGCGCGCCAAGAUCAAGAAAGCCACGGGCAUCAAGAACGGCCUGGCACUGCACCUCAUGGCGCAGGGACUGUACAACCACUCUACCACCACGGUUCAGGACAAAGACGAGAGCGAGUAGCCGCCGCCGGCAGG